CUCCUUGACGCCGCCAUUUUGUUACCUUGCGUUCAGGGUACGGCUGGCAUUUGGGUGGCCCGUUCCGUGGCCCCCAUCCCGUGUCACUUGGCUGCAGGUACGCAUCACAGCCUCAGGUUGGAUCCGGGAAGCAGUCCCGGCCCGGCCGGUGGCGGUGGCGGUGGCGGCGGCGGCAGGAUGAGCGCCGAGGCGGCGGACAGGGAGGCGGCUACCUCCAGUCGGCCCUGCACCCCGCCACAGACGUGCUGGUUCGAAUUUCUUUUGGAGGAGUCGCUGCUGGAGAAGCAUCUGCGGAAGCCCUGCCCGGAUCCUGCACCAGUUCAGCUAAUAGUUCAAUUUUUGGAGCAGGCUUCUAAACCUUCAAUUAAUGAACAGAACCAGGUUCAACCUCCAGCUGAUAACAAGAGAAAUAGAAUUUUAAAACUUCUUGCUCUUAAAGUUGCUGCGCAUUUGAAAUGGGAUUUAGACACACUAGAGAAAAGCUUGUCUGUUCCAGUUCUGAAUAUGCUACUAAAUGAACUGCUGUGUAUCAGUAAAGUUCCUCCAGGGACAAAACAUGUAGAUAUGGAUCUAUCUACUUUACCUCCAACUACUACCAUGGCUAUACUACUCUACAAUAGAUGGGCAAUUAGAACAAUUGUUCAAAGUAGCUUCCCCAUCAGACAGGUGAAACCUGGACCCCCCCAACUGAGUGUUAUGAAUCAAAUACAGCAAGAGAAAGAGUUAACAGAAAACAUUUUGAAAGUGCUAAAAGAACAAGCUGCUGAUUCUAUUCUGGUAUUAGAAGCAGCAUUGAAAUUAAACAAGGAUCUUUAUGUCCAUACAAUGAGAACACUGGAUUUAUUGGCUAUGGAACCGGGUAUGGUCAAUGGAGAAACUGAGAGUUUAACAGCUGGAUUAAUAAUAAAAACUGAAGAAAUGCAGUGCCAGGUGUGUUAUGAUUUGGGUGCAGUUUACUUCCAACAAGGUUCUACAAAUUCUGCUGUCUAUGAAAAUGCCAGAGAAAAAUUUUUCAGGACCAAAGAAUUGCUUUCACAGAUAGGCUCAUUAUCUCUUCAUUGCUCCAUAGAUGAAAAGCGGUUAGCUGGCUAUUGUCAGGCUUGUGAUGUUCUUGCACCAUCUGAUAACACAUCUCAGCAGUCAACUCCAUAUAGUCAGAUCCAUAUUUGUAUGAGAUCAGGCAACUAUCAGGAGGUGAUAAAUAUAUUCCUUGAAGAUAAUCUAACACUGAGUUUACCUGUUCAAUUCAGGCAGUCAGUGCUAAGAGAACUUUACCAGAAAGCUCAACAAGGUUGUUGUUUUGUGUUUUGCAGAAAUGAAGCUCUAGAUGAAAUCUGUUUUAAAGUUUCUGCCUGUAACACAGUACGGGAUAUCCUUGAGGGUAGAACAAUUAGUGUUCAGUUUAACCAGCUAUUUCUUAGACCUAACAAAGAGAAAAUUGACUUCCUUCUUGAGGUAUGUUCAAAAUCAAUAAAUUUGGAGCAAGCUUCAGAUACUUUGAAAGGAAACAUGGCUGCUUUUCUAAAAAAUCUCUGCUUGGGAUUGGAUGAUCUUCAGUUUGUCUUUAUGAUUUCUUCUCAUGAACUCUUCAUUACAUUGUUGAAAGAUGAUGAACAGAAGCUACUCAUAGAACAGAUGAGGAAAAGAUCACCUAGAGUAAAUCUAUGCACCAAACCUGUAACUUCAUUUUAUGAUAUUCCAGCAUCAGCAAGUGUCAACAUUGGGCAAUUAGAGCAUCAGCUUAUAUUAUCAGUAGAUCCUUGGAGAAUUCGCCAAAUUUUAAUUGAAUUACAUGGCAUGACUUCAGAACGCCAGUUUUGGACAGUAUCUAGUAAGUGGGAAGUGCCAGGUGUUUACAGUAGUGUUAUUCUAGGAAUUAAAGAUGGCUUAACCAGAGAUUUGGUUUACAUUCUUAUGGCAAAGGGCUUACACUGCAGUAUCGUUAAGGAUUUUGCCCAUGCUAAACAAUUGUUUGCUGCUUGUUUGGAGUUGGUGACAGAAUUCUCCCCAAAGCUCCGUCAGGUAAUGCUAAAUGAGAUGUUGCUCUUGGAUAUUCACACACAUGAAGCUGGACCAGGGCAAUCAGGAGAGCGUCCCCCUUCUGACCUCAUCAGCAGAGUCCGUGGAUACCUGGAAAUGAGGCUUCCUGAUAUCCCACUUAGACAAGUUGUGGCAGAGGAGUGUGUUGCCUUUAUGUUAAAUUGGCGAGAAAAUGAAUACCUGACUCUUCAAGUUCCAUCCUUCCUGCUUCAAAGUAACCCCUAUGUGAAGCUGGGACAGCUUUUGGCAGCUACAUGUAAAGAACUCCCAGGCCCUAAAGAAAGUACCCGAACUGCUAAAGACCUUUGGGAAGUGGUUGUUCAGAUCUGUAGUAUAUCCAGUCAGCAUAAGCGAGGCAAUGAUGGGAGGAUUAGUUUAAUAAAGCAAAGAGAAUCUACAUUGGGUAUUAUGUACAGGAGUGAACUGCUAUCUUUUAUCAAAAAACUACGGGAACCAUUGGUUUUAACUACAAUAUUAUCUCUAUUUGUAAAACUUCAUAAUGUUCGGGAGAACUUUGUGAAUGAGAUUACAGCUGAACACAUUUCAAUUUGGCCUUCUUCCAUUCCCAACCUUCAAUCAGUGGACUUUGAAGCUGUGGCUGUUACUGUGAAAGAGCUGGUUCGUUAUGCACUUACUAUAAACUCAAGCAAUCAUUCCUGGUUAAUUAUUCAGGCAGAUAUUUAUUUUGCCACAAACCAGUAUUCAGCAGCUCUUCAUUAUUACCUUCAAGCUGGAGCUGUGUGUUCUGAUUUCUUUAAUAAGGCUGUGCCACCAGAUGUUUAUACAGACCAGGUCAUAAAAAGGAUGAUAAAAUGUUGUUCCUCUCUGAAUUGCCAUACACAGGUAGCAAUUUUAUGUCAGUUCCUCAGAGAAGUUGACUAUAAAACAGCAUUUAAGUCACUCCAGGAACAAAAUAGUUAUGAUGCUAUGGACUCCUACUAUGAUUACAUAUGGGAUGUUACCAUUUUGGAAUACUUAACAUAUCUACAUCAUAAGAGAGGAGAAACAGAUAAAAGACAAAUUGUGUUGAUAGGGCUGGAUCUAGAAGCAGGAAAACCUGAGGUUACAUCCAGGCUCAAUAGGAAUAAGAGAGAGUGACAAACCCAAGGUGCUUCAUCAGUACCCCAGAGAUAAGAUAAAAGCCAUUGGACAGACGGAACUGAAUAUGAGUAAUCCUGAAGAAGUAUUACAACUGGCAGCCCAGAGAAGAAAGAAGAAAUUUCUCCAAGCAAUGGCAAAACUUUACUUUUAAAGUAAAGAAAGACAUUUCCCAUUCAAAAAGUAUGAUUAACUUUAUUUUUUUAAACAAAGUUUAAAAUAAACAGUAUUAAAAUAUUACAUUUAUACAAUA